CGCCGCGCAAGUCCCGACAUCUCCUCCAUCGGACCACCCUCAACGCUCGACCUUCCUUCAACAUGGCCUCUGGCCUUUCAAGCGCCACUAUAUACGCCCGGGUCUCAAUCGCACAGUUCUUGCGACCACCGAUAGACCUUCGUCCGGCCAAUUGACCCCGAUACGGUCCCCUCACGCAUCCCCGCCCAUCUCCGGCGCAGUCACAUAACGCAUGAAGAGCAAUAUCUAACGAACGACCCGCCAAAACCUCUCCCCUAUUGUACAAUCUUGUCCCAUCUACAUGUCACUCAACAUCAUUACGCAUGUAUAACAAUCACACCCACCUGACAAACCUCCCCGUUCACCCCCAAUGGCACCAUCCACGCCAAAACUCUCAACACUUAUAACCUGGCUCCUCUACUUGGUGCCCGUAUACAUCUUCGUCCUGGACCCGCUGAUCCGCCCAUUUUUCUCGGAUAAAUCCUCCUCAGCUUCAUGGGAGGAUGAGGAUGGAUCUGCCUUUGAGAAAUGGGAUCAUACCCCGUCGACUGUGCAUUUCACGGACGACAGCUUCAUUAGUCCCGAGGACGGUGUCCCCGUGAAUUGUCCCGGUGAGGCUGAGGGGUACCGAGUACAUCUGUUGUCGAGGGCACCACUUGUGCUGUACAUUGAGAACUUUGUGAGUUCUGCCGAGGCAGAUCAUCUAGUCGAUAUCAGUCUAAAUAAGUAUACCCCUUCAAUAAUCUACGACGGCGUCAAAGAACGCAUCGACCCCUCAAAACGCCUCUCCGACCGGGCCCUCCUGGACCGCGACGAUACAGUCCGCUGCCUCGAAGACCGUGCCCGCGCCUUUCAAGGCUGGCGUCCCCAUCUCUACAUCGAGCGCAUGUGGGCGCAACGCUACAAUGCCUCCGGUCAUUACCGGCAUCACUUUGACUGGACGGGGUCUCUCGCGCGCGGGGGUGACCGGUUAAGCACAUUUAUGGUGUACCUGGGGGCGGAUUGUGAAGGCGGGGGCACGAAUUUCCCUCGUUUAAGAAUGCCCGUGGGGAAGGCCUGGUGUCGGUUUUUGGAGUGUGAGGACGAUGAUGAGCGUGAAAAUGCUGGUACCCAGCAGCCGGAAGGAAUUACUUUCAAGCCGAUUAAGGGGAAUGCGAUCUUUUGGGAGAAUUUGAGGGCUGAUGGGACGGGGUAUCCCGAGACGUGGCAUGCGGCGUAUCCCGUUACGAAGGGAACUAAGGUGGGUUUGAAUAUUUGGAGUUGGUAUCAGCCACCGAAGAGGAGGGUUGGCCGGUGAAUUUGAUGAUUGGAGGGAUGAGUUGGGAGAAGAGAGAGAGAAAGCGAGGGUCGAGCCCGGCGCUUGACUUGCUUGGCGGGGGGUCUGGACUUGAUCUCUCGUGCCUAGGGUGAACUUGUUAGGGCUUGGAGCUUUUCUGGUCAAGGGCGGGAAUGCUUGGGUGUUGAGGUUAGAUGGUAUCACUGCAGGGGUGAUAUUCUGUAUAUAACAUGUAACUAGAACCAUAGAUCUUGUAUAUUGCAUAGAAAUAGACAAAGACUUGUACUACCACAGACACAUGUUUGC